AUGAAUGACGACUUACCUUCUAGUCAUUCUGACCAUCCUGUUCCUUAUGCUCUGUGUCAUGUGACAAUGACGUUGUUUUCCCAAGCAAUUAAUCAGGCUAUUGGUUUAGAACACGACAAUAUAUCCAUAGAUGAUGAAACUGCUACCACGUCUGUUCGACUUAGAAGUUCGCGAAUAGUUCCAAAAGGUGGAGAUAAGUACUUUUCUGAUACUAAAAGUGAUGGUUUCGAGUCUCUGUUUGGAGAGAGCGAAUCAAAUGAAAGUUUCAGUGGCUCCAGGUUUUUCCCCAGUGAAAGUGAUACGGUUUCUUUUGGAGGCGAAUCUGGUGUUUCUGCGGAUGAACAUACUUUCUUGGAAAAUGAAAUUUAUCACUAUCCAGAUCGAGUAAGUAACCAAGAUGCUGAUACUGAUAUUGAUCCUAUGCAUCAUGCUGGUCUCUACUAUUGGAACUUAGAUUAUGCUGAAGACGAAUAUAUUAACUCAGGACAGAGUUAUCUUGGGAAUCCUCGAGACUAUCUGCCUAGCAGAGGAUUCAAAGAACUGCUCGAGCAUCUUGCAGAAAGUGAGAGUUCUAGAAGAGGAUCACCGCCAGCAGCAGUUUCUGUUGUGAGUAAUCUACCUCUUUUGGUCAUAUCAUAGGUGAAGGUCCUGAGAAGUUGGAUGCUUGGCUUGUGCAAUCUGCCUGUUGGCACUGUUGUCAAUCAGCUGCCUUGUUUUCACCUUUAUCACCCCUCCUGCAUCUUGCCAUGGCUAAAUACACGAAACUCGUGCCCCCUUUGUUGAUAUGAGCUUUUAACUGACAACAAGGAUUAUGAAGAUAGAAAGCAGACAGCUAGCACUGUAUUGAAUCUUAAGAAUUCUUGCAGCUAG